AUACAUUGAUACAAUCGAAUUUGUGUUCAAAAAUUUCAGGCAAAAGUUGAGGUUCACAGUCAGCAUGAAAAGUUUGGUAGUUUUUUGUGCCCUUUUGGUGAUGGCUCUGGCUCAUGAUCCGCAUGGACUGGAUUCGGUGCACAAAGAAUGCCACAAUGAAGUCGCUUCUCAACAUUAUCUGUGCAUGGCCAAAGGAUUGCAUUUGGUUACUCCUGAAGGGAAAGUGAAUGUAAACGGAGUCAAAACUCAUGCCGGCCACGUUGUUAGCGAAAGCGCCAAAAUUGAUCAAAUUGCAAAAGAAUGCGCUGUUGAUCACGCCAGCACUGAAGAAACGGUUAACCAUCUAUUUAAGUGCCUGGAAGAGAAACAUGUUCUGUCGCUGGCUGGCCAUGUUGCUCCUCAGCAUCAUCAUUAAACUGUGAAGACAUUUAUUUUUUUGUCCAAGUGUUUAGUUUUGAAUUUAUUUCUAUAAUUAAAUAAAAUAGAAAUUGAA